AUGUCCUGGAAACCUCUCCAACUUUCUAAUUCUUCUGGCGCUCAACUGCCUUCUUUCCUCAUCUCGUCUGAAUUCGACAGUGAUUCGUAUCUGGUUAGACUCACCGAUUUGUCGAAUACAUGGGCCGAGAGAGUAGAUCGCGAUGCGAUAGUUGAGCGGAGUAAAGAGGAUAAUACAAGUAUCGAUCCGAGCGAGGACGAGGACCAAUUAUCGAUAUUUCUUGAGAAGAUAAAGAUAGGACUUGCAGGAGGAAAAGACACAAACCUAUCUUUGCAAGUUGGGGCGGGCAUUGGAGAUAAUCUCUCACCCGAUCUAAUUCUACAUGUUACGAUUCCACUACCUGGUGGACUGAAGGACUUAGAAUGGCGGUAUCGAUUGACACCACAGUCGCCAAAAGAAACGGUCGAUAAACUAUUUCUUCCGAGUCUGGUCGCGCUACAAGAAAACAGAAAAGGGGUCGAGGAGCUAGUGGAGCUACUCGAAGAGAAAGAUGCUGUUAUUCAGAAACUUGUUGAUACAUUGGAAAGUCAAGGGACAGACCUGGGCACAAUUUUUCAUCAAGCGGCGGGAAGACCGGGUAGAAAGGUUGAUAGGAAGAAAGCGAGUGAGAAGGUUAAAGGUCUGAAGAUUUUCGACGUGCGUACCUGGAGAAGGGGGUUGGGAUCUGAUAAGACGGGAGACACGUGGGAAUUGCUGAACAAGGUGUUUUUUGACGAUGAAAUAGGCUCGAAACUCCCCACAACAAAUGAUCUGGGUAGAGAGGAUCGGCAACCUGAUUGGUGGGACCGCAUGCAGGGCAAGACGGUAGGCACCUCAGGGAAUAAGGUUGCGACGAGUCCAAUGGAUUUACCAAGGAGGAAUACCAAACAGGAACCUAUACCACCCGAAGACGAUUUCCAAGUGCAAUCAACACCCCCUCAUAUCUCCAGACCCAAGUUCAAGCCCGAUAUACCAAUGGAAGAUUCCACAGAAGACGAGGGCGAUGAUAUUGAUGCUCCAUCCCAGCGUUCGAGACUCCCAGAUAGUGUACCCAUCUCACAAGCUCGUGCGCCAAGUCCUAAUCAAACUCCAACCCCAAGCCCGAAUUCCCCACUAAAAGCAAAAACUACUGUCGAAGAGUCGGGCACAAAACGAAAAGCCCCCACGCCAAGUCCUCCGAGUCAAAAUGCAGAUGAUACCACCGAAGAUGACGAACCUAUACCAGCGAGUUCACAUUCUACAAGAACGAUUGAUAAUGAUAAUGAUAACACUGACGAUGAUACCCCAUCCUCUCCUCCAUCAAAACGACAACAGACUCCCCAGAAAUCACCAACCCCUCAAUCUCCACCAGCUAAAAAGAAAGGCAAGCUUGGAAAAAUAGGCGGGAAGAAAGCUCCUUCUCCAUCUCCAGAGCCGGAGCUAGAACCAGAAGUUGAACCUGCAGCCAUCAAGCCGCGACCUAAAAGAGGUAUGUUAGGCAAGAUUGGUGGAAAGAAAGGAGAAACCACAUCGACCCCUGAAAUUGAACCACAGAGUUCGGCGUCGCCAAAGAAGAAACUGGGUACGAUUGGUGGGAAGAAAGCUGCUGCUGGGAGUGCUAGCCAGAGAGAAGAUACUAUUGGCGAAGAUAACAGAGGGAGAGGAAGAGAGCAGAUGAAAGAGGAGCAAGAAAAAAUGAAAGAAAAAACCCCACCACCUAGAGAAACUUCUCAAGAGCGGGCUGAUAAGAAGAGAGCAAUGUUGAAGAAGGAACUGGAAGCUAAAAGCAAAGCGCCGGUCAAGAAGAAGAGAAAAUUUUAG